CUGACAGAUUUAGCCUGCUGAUCCAUACUGCUGCACAGACUGAGAGCACCUGAUAUCACCAGCAUGAAAUUCCCUACCUUCUCCAGCCUGUUGUGUAUCCUGUUCCUGUGUUUGUUGGCCUUUACUACAGAAGGUGCAAGGCACAUCAAACCAAAGAAAGUUCCCUGCUGCCAUAAUACUCCAAAUCAUGUGCUCAGGAGUUUGAGAGGGAGAAAUCAAAAAGUGGGACCAUUCCACACGUUUUGCAAAGGCAAAGCUAGUCCUCUUUGUAAGAGGAUCCCCGGGGCACUUCCUCAGAUAUAAAGCACCAGAACAGGAGACCACAGGAGAAAAAUAAAGAACAAGAGAUCUGCCCUGGCCUCCAAAUGUACAAUGAUGCUCUUUUGUUUCAACCUGAAGCCCCUCACUCUUCAAAUGAGAUUCAUCCCUCUCCAAACUGCAUCAUGCUGACAAAGAUCAUUCUUGGAUGAUCCCCUGCACCCAACUCACUAAAGGACAAACUGAUACCUUCUC